CGGAGGUGCGGGGCGGCCAUGACUGCGCACAGCUUCGCGCUGCCGCUCGUCCUCUUCUCCAUCUUCUGGGGCCUUGUGGGCAUCGCAGCCCCCUUGUUCGUGCCCAAGGGGCCGAACCGCGGGGUGAUCAUCACGAUGCUGGUCACCACCGCCGUGUGCUGCUACCUCUUCUGGCUCAUCGCCAUCCUGGCCCAGGCCAACCCCCUGUUCGGGCCGCAGCUGAAGAACGAGACCGUCUGGUACGUGCGCUUCCUCUGGGAGUGAGCAGUCCCUGGGAGCUGGCACCUGAAUAGAGACCCCCCGAAAUCGUCACUCUCCCGCUGCUGUUCCAGCCUCUAUCCUCCUGUACCAGGCAGUUCCCAGAGGUGCUGGGAUGGAGGCUGGACCCGCUGCCCCAGCGCACCCUGAGCACUGCAGACAGGACCAAUGAUGACUGAGCCCCUGAGCAUGGCAGGCAGCACCCCUGCCCAGGGCAAGGGCCUGGUCAUCCCAGCCCUGGGAGCAGCCAGGCUGCUGGGGAGGGAUCCCCUCAGCUGGUCAUGUGCUGCAGUCACUGACACUGAGCAACAUCCUGAGAGAGAUCUAUGUGUAUUGCCAGCGGAUCCUGUUCCCUGCAGUGCUUGCCAUGCUCCCUCAGUGUGCUCCCUAAUUGAAACCCCUGCCCCUAGCCCAAGCUGCCCCAACUAGUUGCCAUAUUCCUGGUCAUUUCAGUCACCAGCUACCCCUCUGCCCCUCUUUGUGUGAAGAUAGGAGCCCACUGCAUCCUCAGUGUAUGGUCAGUUCCCCUGUGAUGACGGUGGUCCUUGCUAAGACAGAUUGUGGCUGUGAGAAGGGAGGGCUGACCCUGACCCCCAUGGGUAUGAUGAGGGAGGUGCUGAGGUACAGGGCAGGGGCUUCAUGUGGUACAGUGAGGGUGCUGCAGUAGUGUCUAGGUACCACCGCCACCCCAGCCUCUGUCCGGGUUCUGAGAACUGAGUAGGGUGUUGUUUUUUAGGUUUCCCCUUAUUUAUCAGAUAAUUUGUGUAUUUAUUUAUUUAUCUGUGUUUAAAUUUGUGUUGUGGAAAUAAAUCCUUUUUCUAGUAAGUGA